GUGAUGUCGAAUUACAGGCGCAAUGCUUCCUUCAUUAUCCGAAUUGAUAUACUGGACAGGACUGACGCUUUUCGAAUUGUGGUUGCAUGCUGCAUCACUCCUGGUGUUUCUUAUAAUACUCCCGCUGAAGAUUCAUCAAAUCUAUGUUAUGUCCUAUUGGUUGGUGUUUUCUCCACUAUUCAUCGCUAGCAGCUUCAAUUCUUACUUCGUCUUCAUCAUUUUCGUCCGAUCUGUUUUUGAAUACAAAGACUUCAAAGGACCAGCACUCAAAUUCGGCUUCAAUGUGAUGCGACUUGCUUUGAUCGCACUUUUUGAAGUGCUGCUUUGCUAUAAAAUCGAAGGUGAUUUCGAACAUGGCCAGGUGGCGGUACGAUCAUCUUAUGGUGUUGUCUUCACUCCAGUGUGGAUACUUUUUCUAGCGCUGUGCAUACAAACAUGUAGGCUAUUUUGACAGUUUCAUAUAACCAUAAGAUCAAUGUCAUUACGAGGUAAACAUAGUUCAACUACGGGUGUUCUUCAUAACUGGAAUA